CGCAGGUGGAGAGAGCGCAGCUUCGUGAAACCCUGCGUCUGCUGCCGCCACUGUUGUCUCAGCUGCGGACGAGUCCCGGAGACCCGGCGAUCGGUGCCCGCGCCUGCGGAGGAGGCGCCGGCCGCUGGGCACCAUGAACGGCAGCAGCGCCAACAUCACCUAUGCAAGUCGCAAGCGGCGGAAACCCGUGCAGAAAACCAUCAAGCCAAUCCCGCCUGAAGGAGUCAAGUCGAAUCCUUCCAAGCGACAUAGAGACCGACUCAAUACUGAAUUGGACCGUUUGGCGAGCCUGCUGCCCUUUCCACAAGAUGUUAUUAAUAAGCUGGACAAACUUUCCGUUCUGAGGCUCAGUGUCAGUUACCUACGAGCCAAGAGCUUCUUUGAUGUUGCAUUAAAGUCUUCCCCAGCCGACAGGAAUGGAGUCCAGGAUAACUGCGGGACAAAAUUUGGGGAUGGCCUGAGCCUUCAUGAAGGAGAAUUCUUAUUACAGGCUCUGAACGGCUUUGUGUUGGUUGUCACUACAGAUGCUUUGGUCUUUUAUGCUUCUCCUACUAUACAAGAUUAUCUGGGAUUUCAGCAGUCUGAUGUCAUACAUCAGAGUGUGUAUGAACUGAUCCAUACUGAAGACCGAGCUGAAUUUCAGCGUCAGCUACACUGGGCAUUAAACCCUUCACCUUGUGCAGACUCUGGACAAAGAAUCGACGAAGCCAAUGGCCUCCCACAGCCGGCUGCCUACCCGAACUCAGACCAGCUUCCCCCGGAAAACUCCUUGUUUAUGGAGAGGUGCUUCAUAUGCCGACUGAGGUGUCUGCUGGAUAACUCAUCUGGUUUUCUGGCAAUGAAUUUCCAAGGGAGGUUAAAGUAUCUUCAUGGCCAGAACAAGAAAGGGAAAGAUGGAUCAAUACUUCCCCCUCAGCUAGCUUUGUUUGCGGUAGCUACUCCACUUCAGCCACCGUCUAUACUUGAAAUCCGAACCAAAAAUUUCAUCUUUAGAACAAAACACAAACUAGACUUUACACCUACUGGUUGUGAUGCCAAAGGAAAACUUGUUUUAGGCUAUACUGAAGCAGAGCUGUGCAUGAGAGGAUCCGGGUAUCAGUUUAUUCAUGCUGCUGAUAUGCUUUACUGUGCUGAGUACCACAUCCGGAUGAUUAAGACUGGCGAGAGUGGCAUGGUAGUGUUCAGGCUUCUUACCAAAGACAAUCAUUGGACCUGGGUCCAGUCUAACGCACGCUUGGUUUACAAAAAUGGGAGACCGGAUUAUAUCAUUGCAACUCAGAGACCGCUAACAGAAGAAGAAGGAACAGAGCAUCUAAGAAAGCGAAAUAUGAAGCUGCCUUUUAUGUUCACCACUGGAGAAGCUGUGUUGUAUGAGAUAAGCAACCCCUUUCCUCCCAUGAUGGAUCCCUUGCCAAUAAGGACCAAAAACAGUGCUAGUGGAAGAGAUUCUGUUACGAAAUCAGUUCCACAGAAGGAUUCUCUCUGGAGUGCCCUUAUUCAACAAGAUGAGUCUAUUUAUCUCUCUCAUGCUGCAAGUACUACAUCUUUCAACAGGGAUAUUUUCAAUGAACCUCUGAACGAAUGCAGCAGUUGGCAAGACAGUAUUGCCCCACUGGGAAAUGAUAUUCUGAAACGUGAGCAAGUUGCUCAGUCUCAGGACAUGGACAUGACACUCUCUGAAGGUCAAGCAGGGCUCUUCCCAGACAAUAAAAAUAGUGACUUGUACAGCAUUAUGAAAUACCUAGGUAUCGAUUUUGAAGAUAUUAAACAUAUGCGGCAGAAUGAGGAGUUUUCCAGAACUGAUUUAUCUGGUGAGGAGGACUUCGGAGACAUCGACAUAACAGAUGAAAUCCUUACAUUCGUCCAAGAUUCUUUAAAUAAGUCUGCCUUCGUGUGUCCAGGUUAUCAGCAGCAGCCAUCCCCAGCACUGAGCUCGAGCUGUAUGGUCCAGGAGCACCUGCAGUUGGAGCAGCAGCAGCAGCAGCCGCCGCCCCAUCCACAGCACCCUGCCAUGCAGCAGCCGCCGCCGCCCCAUCCACAGCACCCUGCCAUGGAGCAGCAGCAGCAGCAGCAGCUGUGCCAGAAAAUGAAGCACAUGCAAGUCAAUGGCAUGUUUGCAAAUUGGAGCUCUAACCAUCCCGUGCCUUUUAGUUGUCCCCAGCAAGACCUGCAACAGUAUGAUGUCUUUCCAGACCUACCUGGGACCAAUCAAGAGUUUCCCUACAAAUCCGAGGUUAAGACUAUGCCUUAUGCACAGAACUUUAUUCCCUGUAAUCAGUCUGUGCUGCCACAACAGUCCCAGGGGACACAGUUAGACUUUCCCAUAGGGAAUUUUGAACCAUCCCCAUACCCUACUACUACUAAUUUAGAAGAUUUUGUCACAUGUUUACAACCUCCUGAAAACCAAAAGCAUGGACUAAACCCACAGUCAAGCCUAGUAACUCCACGGAUGUGCUAUUCUGGGGCUGUGUCAGUGUACCCGUGUCAGCUGGAACCUCAGCAAAGCCACAUGGCUCACAUGCAGUACGACCCAGCAGUGCCGGUCCCUGAGGCAUUUCUAACCAAGUUUCAGAAUGGAGUUUUAAAUGAAAUCUAUCCAGCUGAAUUAAAUGCUAUAAAUAACACUCAGCCUACCACACAUCUUCAGUCCCUUCAUCAUCUAUCAGAAGCCAGACCUUUUGCUGAUUUGACAUCUAAUAGAUUCCUGUAAUUCCAUGCUCAGUUUUUACCUUGGUUUUUGGUUUAGACUAGUUUGCGGAAGGUUACAGCUACUGAAACUGUGAGUGUUGGACAUCAGCAAGUUCACAUGGAGGCAUUGAUGUAUGUUGUUCCCACUGUUAAUACCAAGCCACAUUUUUGUGUUUUUCAAAGUUAAAAACAUUAAAAUUAGAUAUACUACUGUCAUUCAAAUAGAAAGUGUUCUGCCACAUACUAGUGAGAGAUACCAUCUACAUUUCACAUUCUGAGCAUCAACAAACUAAAAAUUUUUUCAGGGGCACUUUAAGAAAACUUUCUCUAUUGGAAUUAUUUGUCAGAAUAAAAAAGAAAUGCUUUGAGUUUUCAACCUCUGACUCCUUAAUUCUGCAAGUACAGUUACCAAACUAAACUAUUGCCCAUAUUUUUAGAUUCUGUGUUUCUCAGAUGCUAAUACAAGUGGUUUGGCAUUGUUAUUAUUUUUAAUCCUCACCUGAGGAUAUAUUUACUGAUCUCAGAGAAAGGACAGUUGGUUGCCUCCCACACAUGCCCUGGGGAUGGAACCCCUCAUCUAGGUAUGUGCCCUGACUGGGAUUUGAACCUGCAACUUUUUGGUGUACGGGACAGUGCUCCAAUCAACUGAGUGACCCAGCCAGGCCAGUUUGGUGCUUUUAUAGAAAGAUAAUCUCAAUGAUUUCCUUCUUCAUUUUUAAAUGUAAGUGCCUAACAUUUUUCCUUCUUAUAACACUGUAGGGUAUAUACUUUAUAUAAAACAUGCUUUUAAAAAAAUUAACAUUCUACACACAAAUAUUAUUUGCAUUUCUUAAAUUCAGUCAUUUGUAUUAAUCCAGGCAUGUUUUAACUGCUCUACUCACCUACUUUCUUCAGGUAAAAAAACAAAAACAAUGAUUGAAAGAUUAUUAUAUAAUCCAGUUGUUUCUAGAUUUUAAAUGUUGCUAUGUGCCUUAUUUUAAAAAAAAUUUGAAAGUAAAAUGUCUUUUCAAAUUAUUUCUUUAUUACUAUAUAAAUAUUAAGACAGCAGCACUAAAAUUUCAACAGCAUUUUCUGAAGAAAGAGAUACACCACCAUUUACCUCUGCUAAAACCUCCAUAGCAGGUAAAUGUUGCAAUAUGAAAAAAUCUAUUAUAAAGGCAACCGUGUUAAUAAUCUGCAAUGAAAAGGAGUUUCGUUUCUGGGCAAUUCAUUAAAUUAAAGCAAAGCACCCAUUUCAAUGUGUAAAAUUUUUUUAAAAAUGUUUUAGAUCUGUAAUCCUUUAAGAUAAUAGUAUCUCGACUUUAUAAAUUUCACUUAGCACAGUGGAAAGAAACUUUUUCUCAUAUUUGAGAAUUGUUAAGAUUGAAUAUAGCAGUGUUUGGUGCAAGUAUUGUUAGAGUGAAACGAAUGGUGCAUUGUAUGCUUUAUAAUGAACAAUUAUUUGUAAAAUAUUUUGACUUUUUCAUUUUAAAAAUAGUCCAUAUUUUAUCAGUCUUAAGAAAUCAAAUAGCAAAUACAACUGCUUUUAAGUUGGUGUUAAGAAAAAGACAAUGGUGCAAUUUUAUUAAUUUCAAACAUUAGGUUGUUUCUAUGAUAGAAUUACUUUUAUUAUAAUUAUCAGUAAAGCAAAUUAAUCACCCUACUAACUACCGUCCUCAGGUGAUUUAAAAGAAGUGCCACCAUCUGCCAAUCUUUUAUUCAACUGUGACGUCUGAAGGGCAUCAGACAUAUUUUGCAUGUAUUAUAUACAAAAACAUGAUGGAAUCCAAAAUGGAGAUGUGUUAAAAUAUAUUUUUCUUUUUUUUUAAUGAGUUACUGCACAUAAACAUGUCUUCAGAUAACAUGUAUGUCAGUUCUCUGCAUUUUCAGUCAAAAUUUUGAAUCUGUAAAAUCAAUUGUAUAUGUUAAAAACAACAAAUCUGCCUAAAACAUUUCAUGGUUUGUUUCCAGCAUGAGGUAUCACUGAAGAUUUAGACCCAUAGUCUAGAUGAAUUAUUUUUACAUUUAAACUUUAAUUAAAGUCUUCCUAUAAACAAUUUUUGUUAGUCUUCCCCCAUGUCACUGGAUGGAUUAUUUAUUUAGUAGGAAAUAGGCUUUUAAAUUGUGAAUAUGAUGACAAUCAUAGACUUAUAAAAUUUUAAAAAAUAAAGCAAUAUUGUAUAUUUUUAUCUAUAUAAAAUAACUAAAGCUUAUCUAAGAAUAAUAAAAUCACAUUAAACCAAAUACACCUUUGUCUGCAUUGCUGAAUGUACCAAAACAGAGAGAGAAAGCUUUGUGUACUGCUAAGUGGAGGGAUUUAUUUUUAGAUGGUGUGCACUUCUAAGGACCUGGAUCUGUCUAAUUUAAGCUCUUCCUAUCCCAGGUAGUCCUCACAGUACCUGAAAAUGUACUGGGGUUCUGAUGUAUUAUAAAGCUUUCAAUCACUACUAUGCACAAACCUAGUGUUUUUCAGUAUUACUAAAUUUUAGGUAAAUGUUUUUAUGGCUUUUCUCUUUCCUUUGAAAUGUUACUGCUUUACAUAUGCCAUGCAUACAUUUUUGUUCAAAAUACAAUUUAUAAUAUCCUACUGUUAUCAAACAAAA